AUGGCUGAAGGUAUUCUGCCACAGAUAAAAACAAAGAAGCGAAUGGAAGAUGUAGGAAAUGAAUGCUUUCAAGAGUUACUAUCAAGGUCAUUCUUUAAUCGGUCGACCUACAACAAUGUAUCAUGUUUUAUGAUGCAUGACCUUAUCAAUGAUCUUGCCCAGUGUGUUGCACGCGAAUUCUGUUACAGGCUAGAUGAUGAUAAUCCAAGCAAAAUCACUACGAGUGUUUGCCACUUAUCAUAUGUGCAAGGCAUAAAUGAUGAACCUGAGAAAUUUGAAAUCCUCUCUGAAUUCCAGCAACUGAGAACCUUCCUACCAUUCAGAUUCUUAGACUUUGGUUACUCCUCUUCAUUUACUAGCAUGGUUUCCUUUCUGUUACCUAAACUGAAAUGCCUGCAUGUGCUGUCUUUGUCCCAUUAUCCUAUUACCAAGUUGCCAGAUUCAGUUGGAAACUUAAUGCAUCUGCGGUACUUGGAUCUUGCUUACACUGCAAUUGAGUGUCUACCUGAUUCUGCAGCACUUUGUAUAACUUGGAGACACUUGUUGUCAGGUUGUCGCCAUCUCUCCAUGUUACCAACUAACAUGUUCAACCUUGUCAACUUGCGCCAUCUUGAUAUUAGUGGAAGCAGUUUGACAGAGAUGCCAGCCAAAUUUGGUAGGCUAAAAUCUCUCCAAGUGCUGACUAGUUUUGUUGUUGGUAGUGAUGGGGGAGUGAAAGUUAGUGAGUUGGGAGAGCUUUUGGAACUUCAUGGAGCACUUUUGGUUGUGAACCUGCAGAAUGUAGUAGCAAGAGAAGCAUUCAAGGCAAGGUUGAGGAGUAAAAAAUAUCUUCACGAGCUAGAAUUCAAGUGGACUACUACAACUCAUAAUGUACAAAGUGAAACUGAUAUACUCGAUAUGCUAGAGCCACAUCAAAAUGUGAAGAGACUCAAAAUUCAAAAUUUUGGUGGUAAUAAGUUACCAAAUUGGUUAGGGAGCUCUUCAUUCUCAAGUAUGGUGUUUCUACAUCUUGCUGACUGCCCAAGUUGUGUUUCACUGCCAUCACUUGGAGAACUGCCUUCCCUCAAAGAACUCUAUAUAGCAAAGCUGAUAAGCCUACAGAAGUUGGGUCCUCGAUUCUAUGGGAAUGUAGUAGAGCCAUUCAGAUUCUUGAAAAUCAUGAAGUUUGAGGACAUGCCCAACUGGGAACAGUCACGGUGUACAAAGAAAAUACUUGUCAUCAUGGUACAUAAAGAAAAAUAG